ACCGAACAACAUGAAUCCCGAGUUUAACAAGGGAAGAAGAGCGGCGAGAGCCAAGGCACUCUUCGACCAGCACGCCAAUGACGAGCACGCGCGGUACAUCGACGCGGCCGAAUACCAACGAAACACCUUCACAGCAGUCGUCAUAGGGGUGUCAACCUGCGCCACGAGGACAGCAGCGAUCUUGGGAAGCGCCGGAACGGAACAAGCGGAGGAGGUAGCCAUCGCCCUGGCCAUCGCCGACUGCCCCACAGUGCUGAGUGACUCGAGACAGGCGGGGCGAAACUUCGUCAAAGACCAAAUCUGCAGGGAGGCCGAGCACGUACUGCGAGCGGCCAAACUACAAGACAGAAAAGUAAGACUCAAGUGGUUCCUGGCGCACGCGGGCGACGCGUCGGAACGCAAUGAGAUGGCACACGCAGCGGCGCGAGCGCUAACCAACCGCGCCCUGGGCAGACCGUCCGACGUGGUUCGGAACCAAGGACCGCAUGAGGGACUACAACAAAAUCACGAAGGCCUACCGCCUGGCUCGCAGAACUCUCCCAUCCCUGCACUGAGUGGAGCGGAGGCAGUACUGCUGAGACAGCUCCAGACCAGAACGCUACCGAGCCCGGGACUGAUGCAUCGCAUGUACCCCGAGACAUAUCCGACCAAUAAGUGCAGAGUCUGCCAGAGGGCGACGGCAGAUUACACGCACAUCUUGUGGGACUGCGGUAAAAAUCCAGAAGAAGCAAAAUCAAGAACGAUCCCACCGCGGCUCGAGGCAGCCGCGAAGAGCUACGACCAAGACGAACAGCUCUGGGCCGCCCAGCAGGCCCUCGGGGCGCUCGAAAGGCAGGGACCCAGCGAGCUGGCAACGGCGAGCGGAGACCUGCGCCGAGUAACAGCGACUUAGUAGAUGACGUAGGCCCUCGUCAGGGCACGCGAGGGCCCAACUGCAGGCACAAAUAAAGUUGGCUCCAAUCCAAUAUUGAGCAGAGGCAUUGCCUGUAACGAAACUUAGUCUCGUUACGGGGUCCAUGCUUCAAAACUGCUUCAAUUCAGAGUAUGUAGCAGCUAGCAUUUGCAUUUAGCAGCAGCCCAUAGAAAACCAACUGAUGCCUGAAUGUUCAGGCCAGAAGUUAGGUGUCAUGAUUUUCCCUUAUCACAUAGUAUUCCAGCAGGUGAAGAGCAAGUGUCUUCAUGGCCACCGGGCGAGCAGAAAUAAAGAUAUCCUACAAAAGCUAGGUGAUGUUUUCUGCAGCAUUCUGUAACAUAGUGAGACAUAGAAUAUCUGCUAGUGCACAUUUAAACAUAGUCGAACUUUGUUUACAAACAUGGAUAUGAUGAAUUAUCGGACGUACAAAGUAAAUCUAACGUAUCUUGCCGAUAUCAGCAUGUAACAAAUAUGCACUUAUAAUGAUUAUUGCACGUAGCAAGAGCACAUAGCAAGAGAAUCCUUGCAUUGGAUGUGACUUUGGACGAGGUUUGACUGUAUAAACAGAACUUUUAUGUUUCCAUGCGUUGCAGGAAAAAAAAACUGCAGAGAGCUUUGCUUGUCAUGGUCUCCUACUGGUCUAAAAACAUGUGCAAU